AAAUAGGCACUGUCGGUUCAACGAUCGCCCCCAAUUUCUCCAUCGAUAAACCCUAAAAAGCUCGUCGUUGAAUCACAUCUCUGAUCUCUGGAAUACACAAAAUGUCGGCGGUAGGAACAUCGAAAGGGAUCUUGGAGAUAGCUAAGUUCGGUUUCUACGUAGCUGUACCUAUCGGUCUUAUGUAUACAUUCGCCAACAACAGCACCAAUAUCAAGAAAUUCAUGGGCGAUCGUUCGUAUGUUGUCUACCCUGAAGAGGCACCUCGACCUCCUUCACCCGAGGAGAUGCGAGAGAUGGCGCGAGAGCUUGCCCGUAAGAAGAACAUUUCCUGAAUUUAAUUGAAUUGAGGAACAAGUUAAAAUUGCAAUUGCUCGGGAUAAGGUAAUAAUGUAUCUUUGUUGAUUCCUGUACUGUAAGAAUAGAAAUGGGAUGUGUAAUUCAAUAAUGAGGAAGAACAUGCGUGUGUUUUGUUCGCUAAAGGAACCUUUUUUGUUA